UAAAGAUACAAAUAAUCCAACAUGGAAUCAAAAAUUUACUUUUAAUUUACAAGACAAUAAUGAUUCUUUAUAUCUGGAUGUGUAUGAUGAUGAUGCCAUGGGUCGAGAUUCGAUUGGUUCAGCAAAAAUUGAUUUGAAAAAACAUGUGUUUGGAAAGGAAUGUUAUAAUGCAUGGAUUACACUACCGGCGAUGCUUGGUCUUCUUUCCAAAGGUGAAAUUCAUGUCAUUAUUAAGCAACAUGCAAAAAAAUAA